GACUAUCCAACAUACCAACACUCAAAGUCGAUCUGAUCUUAGAAGAGCUUUACAAACAGUUACGACAUUCCAAAUCGACAAAGUCGCCGAAUUGGCCGAUACUCAUCAUCUUAUACGAGCUACGUCGAUUCAACUGUUGUCCGUUUUAUCCUCGAUACUUCACCAAAUUUCCCAGUACAAAAGAACACAUGAAAUGGCAUCUCCUUCACAAUCCUACACCAGCGAUGCCCAGCCUACAGCGACUCAAUUCUUGGAUAGAAUCGAAAUACAAAGAAUAAUCAGCAAUUAUGUAGUCGACAGCGAUCAGAGAGUCAGAAAGAGCGCUCUAGAAGCGCUAGUCAAUAUGAAGCUCUGCGGCUGUCCUCUGGACAUUUCAUUAUACAAACACGGUGUCCGAGCUUUGAAAGAUGAUUUUGAAGAUGUUCGAAUGGGAGGCUUGAAUUUGAUCUGGGCACUUGGCUGUCUGUAUCCAGAGUAUCGAAUGCGGCUAGCACACGAAGGAAUCGACGAAGAAGUGAGACUGCUUGACGAUGCAUUUGUAAAGAUAUGUGACAUGGUCAAUGAUGUGGAUGUCAAUGUUCGAACAAAGGCUUGUACUAUCAUGGCCUCAUACCAGCACGUUGACCCAAACGUCCUUUCGCAAACAUUCAGCAAGCAGAUCAUGUCACAUAACACCAGAAAGGCAAGAGGGAAAAAAGGAGCUGCGAACAAAGUUGUAAACCGUCAGAGCGGUAAGAUGAUACCUGUGGCAGAAGGUGAUUUUGAUGUGGAAUCUGAAGAAUUUCGCAUUUUGGACUCUGGAGCAUGUGGCGCUUUUGUUCAUGGUCUUGAAGACGAAUACAAAGAAGUACGCAAUGCCUCCAUUGACUCUAUCUGCGAACUUUGCAUGUAUAACGACCAGUUCACAACGAAAGCGGUUGAUUUUCUUGUUGACAUGUUUAAUGAUGAAAUUGAUCAUGUUCGACUCAACGCCAUUCAUUCGUUGCGGAAAAUUGGAAAGAGAACAAAGCUAGUUCUGGAUGCUGAUCAACUAGAGAUUGUUAUCGGAGCGCUGGAGGAUGCGGAUAAGACGGCAAGGGAAAGCACACAUGACCUUUUGCGUGUGGUUCGAUUAUCUACACAAAAUUCAUUAAGUAUGCUUCUGGAUAGCUUGAUUGCUAAUAUGGAGAGGUAUUCUGAGGACCAGCUCUCCAUUUAUCGAUGCUUACAUGAUGUUGGGCGGUCUCAUGCUGACUUUAUUAAACAAAUGGUACCGGAUCUGCUAAAGUAUGACAAGAAAUACUUACCAAGAGAAGCAAACGCUGAUGACAAAAACUACAUUGCUUAUAUCAUCUUCAUCGUAAAUGCAUGCUACAUGGAUUUGAGUAUUGUCAGCUUACUUCCGAAAUACUGCUUCUCGCACUUUUUAUAUCUGCGCAGUCGUUUCCCAGACUGCUUCCCCAAUUUGAAGGAGAUAUUUGGAAAAGCUCCACCUGAUAUAAUCAAACAAUCCCAGGAUAUCUGGGGAGAGGAAAGCGAAGUCAAAGACUUGACGACAGCAGAGGAUGUAAAUCAAUAUAUGGACGGGACGCUGGACAUGAUAGCGUCGAUGACUAAACAGCUCGGCGACUCCAACGCCAACGGCGUUCAGCAAACGGCGAAUAUCAUCUCAAGAAACCUAAAAUAUGCCGCUGGGCUUAGUCCGCUAGUGGCAGGCAAGGCCAACUUUGCAGACAUUUAUGUUUCAUGUUGUGAACGGUUUCUAAAGUACAAGGUUGAAAAUAACUUGGCGUUGGAAAGUACAUCAUCUCUGCAGUGUGCUUCUGACAUUUUACACAUGUCCUAUCGAAUGGAACACACGUUCUUAGGAUUGUCUGGACCGUCAAGGAAUGCGGGCAUAUAUUUCCGAGUCCUUGCCAAUAUGCUGUGGUUCUUUGGCAUUAUGAAGCAGAUAUCCACGGACAAUCCUGCUAAUAUCACCAAUAUGCUCAUGUCCAUUAUUGAGCGGAUUGAUGUAAUACAAAGACGAUUCGACCAAGACAACUUCAAGUUGGCAGAGUUGAGCCAUUUACGAAACAACCUGUUCCAAGCGCGUAGUCAUCCGUCUAGCACCAAGCUAGCGGCGCUCUACGCAUAUGUGAGGUCAUUUACGCCUCUUGGUCUGGAUCUUAAAAACCCUUUGAAAAGAACAACAGCUAAGAUUCUGGUCCCUGCACCUAAUAUCGACAAACCUAUCAGCUUCUCCGCCAACCUUCCGCUUAAAAUUCAUAUUGAAGCCAACUUUGAGUUUGUGGACUAUAUCAAUACAAUCGCUGUGAUGAUCAUGUUACCAGACAAGUCAUCCCAUCUGUUUUGGCCUUCCCAUCAUUGUUUUAAGCCAACUAUACCUUAUUGCUACUUCUUGGCUACUGACAUUGAAAUCGAUGUUAGUCUCUGGACAGACAUUGGUAUGCUGCAAGUAUCCAUCGUCAAAUCGUUUGAAGCCGACUUACCUGGCAUUGAUGAUUAUAUCCUCAAGUACCCCAACUACGAUACGAGUCAAGCAAAUUCAGACAAAUCGAGUCACAGCACUUUACAGCUAUGUGAUGCUGUAGAGUAUUACAUCAGCCCAAGCAAAGAGUUAUGAAAAGGCGGACUCUUAUUCGUGUAAUAUACGCCAAUGUAUUACAAUUCCUUGAUUGAGAGGAUUCACGUUCAGCAGUUUUUAUGUAAUUUAAAGGAAUACUCGAACGAGGUGACGGACAGCACUGACCAACCCAGAUUCGAACCCUGCGUUAUGUGUGGUGCGAGGUAUAACGGGUCACCCCCGAA